CCUUCCCAUCCUGGCAAUUUGAAAGUUUUUUUUUUUUUUUUUCUUUUUUGAGAAAAAAAGGGUACUAGGGUUUUGCAGUAUUAUAAUUACCACAUAAGACCACCUUCUUAUGCUGACGGCUCUCACGCUCUUUCCGAAAUCUAGAGCUCUGCAACAAAACUCUAUAGCUUAAAGUUAGAGGGUAGAAGGAGAUGGCGACGGUACCAGGGCAGUUGAUUUGGGAGAUCGUGAAGAAGAACAACUCUUUUCUCGUCAAAGAAUUCGGAAAUGGGAACGCAAGCGUCCAGUUCAGCAAGGAGAGUAACAACCUCUACAACCUCAACUCCUACAAGCACUCUGGAUUGGCAAACAAGAAAACUGUCACCAUUCAACCUGUUGGUAAAGACCAAGCUGUGUUGCUUGCAACAACAAAGACCAAGAAACAAAACAAACCUGCUGCUUUGCUUCACAAGUCUGUUAUGAAGAAGGAGUUCCGAAGAAUGGCUGAUGCAGUUGCGAACCAGGUGGGAGAUAACUACUAUAGGCCGGAUUUAAAGAAAGCAGCUCUUGCAAGGUUGAGUGUCGUGCGCAGAAGCCUCAAGGUUGCGAAGUCUGGUGUCAAGAAAAGGAACAGACAGGCUGUGAAAGUCCGUGGUAGGAACUGAGAGAUUGAUUAAUUGUUUUGCUUCUUUUACUUUGACAUUCCCAAGUUUUGAAUUUAGAUAGGAGGAUCCAAACCGUGUUUUGGAUUUUGCUCACCUGUAAGUUUUUGGAUAAUGUUGGAAAAAAAUUAUAUUAUUUAUUUUUAAUAGCAGGAUUUUUGU